AUGUUCUACGUCAUGUAUCUCACAGGCCUUUGCCAAAGACGCCACUGGCCCGACCCACUCUUCCAGACCUACCGUACCCGCUAUGGUUACGGCUCAACCGUUAGAGUAAACAACCGCGAGUACAGCACAGAUGUAGAGUACGAGUCGGAAGAGCUAGCCAAGAAUGCUGCCGCCACCCGCGCCUACAUGAUCUGCCGUAACUUUUCAGUAAACGAUGGAAUGUACCCAGGCCAGCGGCCCGGUCAGGGCGCCCAAGGACUGCCUACACCAAUCGGAGCUGGCCGACGCAAUACGUCGUCGUCAAAUGAUUACGAUAGUUCGAGCACGACGAGCGGUGGUACAAGUCCCAGGAACUCGGAUUGCGGGCUCGAUGCAGCACAGGCGGCUGCAGCAGGACGACGACCCAGCAAGGCCUCGGUAGCACCAUCGUCCCCACCAUUGGCGUGCUUCUGCGGCCGAGGAUAUGUCCGCGCUUAUGAGAGGUGCUCUGGCUGUCUUCAGGAAGCCGGAUACCGAGUGUAGAGCGCGCCCACCUGGCAUCCGGCACCUGGCGUCCAUGCACAUACACAUCUAUGUUUACGGUUACGAACAAGAACAGAAACGACGAACACGACGACUUACUACCAAGAAAUCCCAACGAAUCCCGCAUCGAUAUUCAGAAAGACUUGAAGAGCCCAAGCUCAGCGAUACCAUGAUACCUACGACCUGCAUGCGUUUUGUUUCCGCAUUUCCAUAUGCCAAAUUGCCAUAGCGACUUACUCCUCACCGGUCCACUAUCACGACACUCCAAACCUCUCCUCCACUGCGCAACAAGAGACGGUGGUUUUACUCCCUUCUCGCUUCACGACUUCCCUUGUUCCAUCAUCUGCUUUCUUUUCCUGGCAGCUAGCAUAGCGACGGCAUUGAAAGCGAUUUAGCGAUCCCCCAGACACAUGUGAUUUUACGGGCUUGUUUUCCACGUUUGAUGAUUUUCCAUCGAUUAGACUGCACGUUACUUGCGCUGGUGGGUAAUUUACAACUGAAAAAAUGUGGCCCAGGGGGUCGUAUGUGUGUAUGUCUUUUCCGAUUGACCAAAUUGGGUUCAUGAUCCGCGAUGAAUUUUUUCAUACUUUUCUAUAAAAGGAAGAGAUACAAAGGGGGAAAAAAGAAGGAGGGAAAAAUGGCGCUUCUCGCUGUUAUGUCAAUGAUUUGACGAAUCUAAUGACUUCUACUUUGUUAU